GCGGCCCUUCGCAGCCGCCAUAGCCGCCCGCCUCCCGGACCCAACGUCUUCGCCGCGGGCCCCGCGCCGCCGCCAUGGCCGACGCGGAAGACGGCGAGGAGUCGUGCGCCUCGUCCUCUCACUCCGGGGGCGCAGGCUCCAAAACGGGAGGCGACAAAAUGUUCUCGCUCAAGAAAUGGAACGCGGUGGCCAUGUGGAGCUGGGACGUGGAGUGCGAUACGUGCGCCAUCUGCAGGGUCCAGGUGAUGGAUGCCUGUCUUAGAUGCCAAGCCGAAAACAAGCAAGAGGAUUGUGUUGUGGUCUGGGGAGAGUGCAAUCACUCCUUCCACAAUUGCUGCAUGUCCCUGUGGGUGAAGCAGAACAAUCGCUGCCCCCUGUGCCAGCAGGACUGGGUGGUUCAGAGAAUUGGCAAGUGACCAGGCAGAAAGCUUCUCUGUGCUGUGUCCGCAGCCCUGGUCCGUCCUGCUGUUAAGUGCGCAACGAAGGCCAGGACGUCCACAGUUGAUUCUUCAAAUGGAAGUCAGGGACCUGUGGGCCUUUGGACUCACUGAAGCAUUUCGUCAGCUUACUCCUCAGAAAUUCUCUACAGUUAAGGAGGUAAUUUAUUAAAGAUGCUCUUUCCUACCUCUGUGCUGUGUCACACACACUGCUUAGACAUGCCAUACAAAAGGAGAGAACUUCAAAUCCAGUCACCUUUUUUCAUUUCCCUCCAUGCACACAGGGGCUGUGGGAGAGUUCGUGCUGCUCACAGGAACUGCGUGCAUGUUUAGGCUGCUCAGCCCCAAACCCAGAAUAUCACAGCCACAAAUAAAGUGCAGUUCAAACCCAGCUCAGCUUCACUUUCUUCCUGGUACUUAUUCUCGGUUGGGAGAAGGGGCAGUCCAUGACGUCUUCAUUUGAUGUGAAAAGGAUUUUGAUUUUGGAUGAGUGAACAGAGUAAAUAAAAUGUAACUUGGAGGCAUAUGGGAUUUGGUUGCCUUUGAAGUUAUUCUGUGUCUCUGAGUGACCAGGAAAACCUAUACCUGCACUCAUCUCAGUGUUCAGUCACUCAGUGGCAAGUUUCUAGUUUCAGUCAGGUUGGGUUGUAAUGUAUGUUUUAGACAAAAUAGUAAUGAGGGAAGGUGUUCGCCAAUGUAGCCUUGGAUCAAAAACUUUAUCACACAGUAUUCUAAUAAAGU